AUGUCGAAUUUGACAAAGCUCGAAAUUAAUGCCCUGGAUAUUACGGGAAAUAACUAUAUGACCUGGGCAGUAGGUGCAAGAAUGCACCUAAGAGGUAGCGGACUUUUGGAAACCAUCGAUAAUACUAAAAUGGUGUCGGAUGAGAAAAAGGCUAAAGCCAUGAUAUUUUUACGACACCACAUACAUGAUGGUUUAAAAGAUGAAUAUAUUACGAAAGAGAAUCCUGGGAACCUCUGGCAAUCUCUUAAAGAGAGGUUUGAUCACCAAAAGUAUGUGAUCUUACCAAAAGCCAAACACGAGUGGAUCCAUCUCCGGUUCCAGGACUACAAAAGUGUAAGUGAGUUUAAUUCUGCUAUGUUCGGAAUUACUUCAAGGAUGAUAUUAUGUGGAGAGAAAAUAAGCGAUUAUGAUAUGAUCAAGAAAACUCUCUCCACGUUCCAUCCUGAAAAUGUAGUCCUGCAGCAACAGUACCUGGUGAAUGGAUUUAAGCGUUAUUCGGAGUUGAUGAAAAUCCUCCUUGUAGCGGAACAAAAUAAUCAACUCGUGUUAUUAAACCAUCAGGCUCGUCUCACUGGAUCUGCUCCAUUCCCCGAAGUGAAUGUUGCAUCAUCCAGUUAUGAUAAUUGGAGAGGACGAGGACGUGGACGUGGUCGAGGUCGAAAUCAUGGUCGUGGGAGAGGACGAGGAAGAAGAUUCCAUCCGUAUGAUGAAAGAACUAAAAAGGACUCCAAGAGAAUGAAAGGGGCCGGGAUGAUAAAAGGCAAACAGAAAAGGUUUGCUACAGAUGUGGCAUGA